AUGACAUCAGAUCAUGAUGGUCGCAUGGAUGCCGAAGGCGUAUAUAACGCUAGCCAGGACGAAGUUACACAUGUACGUGAUACAGUGGAGAUCUCUCAGGAGUGUGAUUCGGUGGAUGUCGAACACAGAGAAGCGACGAUCAAGCGUAAGCGGACGCUAUGGAGUAGUCAACCUCUAUCAAAGGAUGAUGACCGAGAGACUGCAAAACGUUUUAAGCUUGAUAUUCAUUUGAUGCCCGUGCGGGAUAUACCGCAGAUUAUUACCUCUGCCUCACCGCCAGCAGCGAACAACAUUUCGCUAGCUCUCGAUGAUCAUUGCGCACUCAGCAAAAGCAUCCCAGUGGAUAGCACAGCAUUUUCAUGUUCAAUUAUCCAUGAAUAUCCUGUUGACAACGAAUGUAGUGCUUCCUCUGACCCCAGUAAUACGGAGUCGGUUGUCACAGAUCCCGUUGAAGAUAUGGAUAUGAUGACGGGGGGUUCCCCAGCGUAUGGAACACUGUCCGAGGUUACUGGAGAUUCCUUCAAUCGCGAGCGUGAAGACGCUAAUGGGUCAGAGGAUGAUCGUGAAACAGGUGGUUCUAUCGUCGAGGUCACAGCUGCGGACACACAAGGAAGUGUCAGCAACAAUGGUACCAGCGAUUCUUCAGCACGCAGCGUCAGUCCUGCCGUGGCCAAGACAACGUUUGUCAACCUAUCCGGAGAGCAUGUACCUCCGGCGAUCCCUGCAUGGAUCAAUGCCCUUAAAAUGGUGGAUAGGUCGCCUUCUCGCAUCCGGGUACCACCUGGAGUUGGUACAGGAUUUCGGUGGCCCGAUCCCGCUCUUUUUACUCACACAGAGAGCAACACGCAACUGGCUAGGUACCUACUGCAUUAUUUAAGCUGUCGGUCUUGGUUGGGGCUCGUAAAUCGUAGGGCACUCUUCCGUUCUAUAUACUGGAAGGAUUUACUGGAAGGCUUGUCGGUGGAGAAGCAGUUGAAGAGAUCGCCCCCGAAUUCCAGGAUCUAUUCCAUAUUGAACCGUGGGCAUGGUAUAGAUGAAGGAGAGGCGAGAGUGAUACGCGAGCAAGCUUUGGAUGCGUUCGAGGCCGACGCACAGGAAACCGAGGAUGUGUUUAAGUGGGUGGAUGUCCAGUUUAAUGGCCGUUUGGCUAUGACCUUCGAGUUCCGUGGGCUCGCGUUUCAACUGAAAGACCUACUCAAAUUUCCCUCGUUCGUCAUAUCUCAAAUCAUAUGGGAACUGUGCGAACACAACUUCGCCGAUGACGUGUUGUGGCUGGAUGUAUUGUUUAGGCGGGGUCGUGAUUCUACCGACACCUAUGGUCCAGAACGCAGCAUGGAAGUUUACAGCCUCUGUGGUAAGCAGGAGUCUAACACUCCAAUGCCGCUGGUUCGAAGUUCCUUUGGGUCACAAAGAUGGAGAGAGCGGGUGACAUAUGUGGAAGCUUUCCGGCAGCUCAUGUCGACAUGGUCUCAGUUCCCUGACCACCUCAAGACGCCAGUUCCAACAUAG